AUGAACUGGGACCAUCUGGCUGAGGAGUCGUCCCAGAAGUUGUUUGCAAGUUGGCUCCAACUCCUGUCACCCGCCGUACCACUGACACUUGCGGGUCAACACCGCCCUGGCCAUCAAGCCAUCAAAGCUUCAAGUUUCACCACUGGUGCUUUUAACAUAUGCUGUACUGUUACAUUUGAAGAUGAGUUCCGCGUGGUUGUUCGAUUUCCUAUUCUAGGUCGAAGCCGGUUUCGCACAGAAAAGACUCGGGAUGAGGUUUCAGUGAUGAAUUUUCUCUCAAGACGAACGCGGGUUCCUGUUCCUAUCGUUCUUGGUGCAGGUCGCUGGGGAUGCGGCCCUUAUGUUGUCACAACAUUUAUUGAGGGCACUUUGCUGUCCAAACAGCUUAAGUGCCCUUCUGUGGGCUUAAGUGACCUGGAAAGAGCGUACCAGGGAAUGGCCGAAGUCAUGCUAGAGCUCUCGAAACCCACCUUCCCAAGCAUUGGGGCUCUGGAAUUCGAAUCGGGGAAAUGGCAAGUGACCAAGAGGCCAAUGACUCUCAGCAUGAACGAACUUGUGCGUGUUGGAAACCUUCCCCCAGCUAUAUUUACAAGGAAGAUUUUUCCAACGGCUGCUGAAUACUUUGAGGAACUUGCUACCCAGCAGCUCCUCCAUGUACAAUAUCAGCGCAAUGAUGCCGUGGAAAACGAACAUGAUGCUCGGAAAAAGUAUAUAGCGCGCUGUCUUUUCCGAAAAAUAGCACGGGAUAUUCAAUGGGAACCGGGUCCCUUCCACCUAUGGUGUGAUGACUUUUGUCCAUCAAAUGUACUUGUCUCUGAGUCUGAUCUUACCAUCACUGGCGUUAUUGACUGGGAAUUUACUUAUGUUGCACCCACUGAAUUUACCUGCACUGCGCCGUGGUGGCUCCUGUUUGAAAGGCCAGAAGCCUGGGGGUCAGAUCUGAAUGACUUUUUGGCCAGGUACACACCAAGGCUCCAAUUUUUCCUCAAGAUCCUUCGGGCUUGUGAGGACAGGCAGGUGCGGAAUGGGACCUUGACGGAUUCACAGCGCCUAUCAGAUCGGAUGGCACGCUCUCUGGACUGUGGGCUCUUUUGGUUUUGUCUUGCUACACGAAGGAGCUUCAUGUUUGAUGAUAUUUAUUGGACAUUCCUUGAUGAGAAGCACUUUGGUCGUCUGAAUUCUCUAGAUGACAGACUCUCUCUUCUCUCUCAGGACGAGCUGGAUGGGCUGGAUGGGUUUGUUCGGAUGAAGAUGCAGCAAGUUGAAGAAAAGCGCUUGGACGAACAUCUGACCUUUGAUGAACUUGUUGACCUUUAA